CGAAAUGUCCUCUCCCUGAGCUAGCUUCAUUCCCUUUUUUCUCUUAAACGCAGCGAUCGAGGACGCCGGCCGGAGCACCAAGCAUCAUCCAACCCGACAAGAUGUCCGCCGUCAAGGAGCCACUCCUCCUCCCUAGCCACGGCGGCGACGGCGAUAACCUCAAGGGUGGCUUCAGAACUCUGCCGUUCAUCAUAGGAGCGGAGGCGUUCGAGAAGGUGGCGACUCUGGGGCUGAUGCCGAACAUGAUUCUGUACCUGACGACGGAGUACGGCAUGGGAAACGUUCAAGGCGCCAAUUUACUCUUCUUGUGGUCAGCAGCUACCAAUUUCACGCCGGUCCUCGGCGCCUUUCUCGCCGAUUCUUACGUCGGCAGGUUCCGUAUGAUCGCCUUAGGCUCCAUUUUCAGCCUCAUGGGGUUGGUGACGAUAUGGCUAACGGCAAUGAUCCCACAAGCAAGGCCAGGCCCCUGCACCGCCGUCCACUCCUCCACCACCGCCGCCACCUGCGAAAAAACCGCCACCACGCCGCAGCUCAUCCUCCUCUACUCGUCCUUCAUCCUCAUGUCCAUCGGCAGCGGCGGCGUCCGUUCCUCCGCCAUGGCCUUCGGAGCCGACCAACUAACUCCCCUGACGAGCAAGAACAACAACAACAAGAUCCUGGAGAGCUUCUUCAGCUGGUGGUACAUGCUCGUCUCCGUCUCCGUCAUCCUCGCCCUCACCUGCAUCGUCUGCAUCCAAGAAACCAUGGGCUGGAAAGUAGGGUUCGGCGUCCCCGUCGUCCUCAUGUCCUUCGCCGCCGUCUCCUUCUUCCUCGCUUCCCCUUUCUACGUCACGUCCGACCCCACCAACUCCAGCCUCUUCACGGGACUCGCUCAGGUCCUCGUCGCUUCGUUCACAAAACGCAGCGUUUCGUUUCCAGACGAUGACGUGGACGGAUUUCACCAUCCCGUGGGGACCACCCGCCUCCUCCCUUCCGAAAAUGUGAAAUUCCUAAACAGGGCUUGCAGGAUCCAGAACCCCGACCAAGAUCUGACGGCGGAGGGAGCCGCGUCCAACCCGUGGCGCCUCUGCACCGUCGAUCAGGUCGAGGAUCUGAAAUCCCUGCUCCGGAUCGUCCCCAUCUGGUCCACGGGGAUGAUCAUGGCGAUCGACAUAAGCCAGGGUUCGUUCCAGACCAUCAUGGCGUCCAACAUGGACCGCCACGUCACCCCGAGCAUCGAGAUCCCCGCGGGAUCGUUCGGCGUGUUCAUGGUCGCGGCUUUGGCCAUGUGGGUAGUGGUGUACGACAAGGUCCUGAUCCCGGUCGGGUCACGGAUUCGGGGCAAACCGGCCCGGCUCACCACAAAGGAGAGGAUGGGGGCGGGGAUCUUCCUCUCGUCGCUCUCCAUGGCAGCGCUGGGAGCUGCAGAAACGUUUCGCCGCCGCCAACAGAGCGUUUUCGGGACGCGGUCGUCGGCGAUGUGGAUGAUGCCGUCGCUCGUGCUGUUGGGUCUGGCGGAGGGGCUAAACGGCACCGCGCAGAGCGAGUUUUACUACAAGGAGCUGCCGAGGAGCAUGAGCAGCGUGUCGACGACGCUGUGGGGGGUGGCAAUGUCCGGUGCCAGCCUGGCGUCGAGCUUCAUCAUGAACGCCGUCGACGGGGUGACGGCGGCGGAAGGAGGGGAGAGCUGGGUUUCGAGCGAUAUUGACAAGGGGCGGUACGAUUACUAUUACUGGCUGCUGGCGGUGCUCAGCCUGGCGAACUUCGUGUACUAUUUGGGCUGCUCCGGGGCCUAUGGGCCUGCGCAGGCCCAAGGGAUGGGGAAGCAGGCCGACGUCGUUGUGGGUUAUGAUGACGUGGACUUCAAGGGUGGAGCUUGAGUUUUCCUUUUCUAGUGUAGGGCAUGGGUUUUAGAUAAGAUUUUACCACUUGUAAACGGCAAAACUCCCACGACAAAAGCGAGGUUUUUUGGUAGCUGUAAAUACUGAAAAUGUAAGACAUAUUGGGCCGAAUGUUUCGUGGCAUUUAUGUUUACCCUUUACGAAAGAGGUGAAAUUUGCAAUGGCCAACUACAUGC